CCAGCCAGCUCAAAUUCAUUCCCAGUUGUUAGUUAAAGUAUUUUAUUGGGCGAAAGUUGUGUGGAUUUGUUGAUUUGAAGAGAAUAGAGGGCAAAGCCGAUCCUGGUGAUCCGAUCCUCACCAAGCAGACGCCGAUCAACCACGAUGAAUCGCCACGAUCGUAUCGAGUGCAAAGGAUGCGGAAAGCAGUCAUUCACCUUCAGGUGGUAUCGCUGCCUGAGCUGCCAAGACUUUGAGCUUUGCGAAGGCUGCUACGACAAUGACUUCACCACCGCCACGCAUCCGUUUGACCAUCCGGUGGUAUGCGUGCUCAUUCCGGCGGAUGUGGAACUGUACUUUGGUGGCGAGUACAUCAGCAACUAUCCGCCGCAGAGCUAUCGCUGUCCUUACUGCAAGAGAUGGGGCUUCAACGAGUCCACUUUCCUGGAGCAUGUAUCUGCGUUGCAUCCAGAUGCCAGUCCAUUGCUGGUCUCCACCAUGGUCGGCCUCUUCGAGCAGCAGCAGGCGGCCCGGCUCUUCCUGGAGAGUGAGCAGUUGGCCUCCAUUGCGGUGGCCGCCACUUCGCGCAACGAACUGAUGCGUCGCCCAGAGCGCUCCAUGGCUCUCUUCUUGGAGCCCCUAAAUCGGGAUGGCAGCUAUCGCAGGGGUGUGGAUAGGAAUGACGAGGUCCGUGCGAGGCGGUCUUCUCCUGACGGCCGUGAUCGGCUUCAAUCUCUCGUCCGGGAUCGGUACUCCCGUAUGACACGCCGAAGUGCUGCCCCAGCGGCCAGAGGUGGUCCGAUGAAUUCGAGGCCGCCGCCAGUGCCUGCUGCUAGAAACAACUCCGGCAAUAACACGCACAUGGAUAUGACCAACAACUUACUUACCAUAACAGCCAGAUCCCGCUUGAAUGGGAUUCAAGAAAACGUGGAAGCUCCAACACCAUUCAGUGCCACAUCGCAACAACAGCAGCAGCAGCAGCAGCAGCAGGUGGUGGCACCAAGUCCGAAUGCCCCCGCUGCACCCAUCGUAACACAUCCAUCGCUGAUCGAGAUGAUGCGCUUCUAUGACGAGGCUGGUUUGCAGCCAUUUGCAGCCCCAUCCGGUCGAGCACUCCGCACCAGACCCGCAAACUCAGCUCCACCAGCGGCCAACAGCGGCAACAACACACGGACCAUCAAUGUUUACGGACCCACAUCCGCUUUUACCCAGGCGCCGCACCAUUCGCGAUCCUUGACCUUGGCCCCAAAUCUGUUUUCACGUGACGAGCGGCAACGGGCUGCCAGGAUGCCCAGUUUCCAGGGCAAUCCCGGAGCACUCCAGCGCCAGGGAUCCAGCACACGGCCCCUGACCACGCGCUCCGUGGAAUUCAGUGAAUUGCCGCCGGAGGAAAGCGAUCUGCCCGACAUUUUGGGCACUUCCUCGAUCGAGAAUCUGUUGCGUUGCCUCAACGAGGACCCGGCGAAGGUGGCCAAGCAGAGGGAUCAGGAGCGCAGGCGUUUCCUCUGCUAUCGCUUCGUGGCACCCAGGACAUCCAAGCGUGCCCAGAACCAUUUUCUAUUGCUACGUGCCGAGUUUGUGUCCCAGGUGCUCUACUCCGCCUUGUGCGAUGAGGAUAUCCAGGGUAUUUCGUUUCCGAUACUCAGAAACAUGCCAAAAGUGAGGACCAUUCCGGGCAGGGCCAUUUCAGGUGCCGGUGAUGCUGAGAAGAACCGAUCUCCGCCGUAAACCGUCAGAAUCUGUUUUGUGUACAAUUUAUAGCUGUUCUUAUAACCUUUGUAUCAGUUAAAUUUUCUGUUCAUAUUGAUAGAACUUUUGGUAACUUCGGCUGAAAGGCCAGGAAAUUAAUAACGUGUUUGCAUUCAUUUUUAAGAUGGAGGCAAAGUGUAA